AAUGUUUUUUUUCCCAAGCUAAUCUUGGUUCUGAAGAUUCUGAUAUUAACUCAUGUAAUAGCAGUAACCUUGGUUUCAGUUUCAAAAGUUCUUCUUAAUUCCAUCUAUUAGUUUUCCUAAAUGUCAUUUAUUAUUGUUCAUUGAAGAUCGGAGCCAGUAUGCCAAUUUGUUCCUAUUUUUAAAAUGUUCCCUUUUGUACUUUAUAUUGAAUAUCACUCCUUAGAAAGUGGAAUAGUUUUCAGGAUAAAGGUUUGAAUCAAACAUUUAUUGUAGAUUGGAAUUUGCUCAAUAAUGUGAUUGAAGAUAAGGAUCUUGGCAUAGUGUGAGAUAAGUCACUCAAGCCAUCUGUUGCUAGUAGUAAAAGCUACUAGAAUUUUAGGGUGUGUUUGUAGACAUGUUGGUAACAAGUUAAAUAGGUAAUGUCACUAUACAAGCCACUUGUUAGGCUUCACUUGGACUCCAAGAAAAGAAGAUCAAGAUGUCUUUUAUAGAAGGUAUUGGAGAUGAAGUAAUAUUAUUUGUUGGUAUUGUCGUAAUUGCACUUGCUUUGCUUGUUGGAUGGAUAGCUGUCUUUGGACUCCAUGUAGAAGGCAUUUACCAGACUUCUCAGCGUACACCUGUACAAGAGGAGGUAAGUUUAGGUCUUCAAGCACGAGAAUCACCAACUACAGAAGUUGAUGAAUUGCAAGCACAAGAACGACCAACUACAGAAGUUGAUGAAUCGCAAUUCAGUAAUUUGUCUGUUACAAACUUAAAUAGGGUUCAGGAGGAAAGCUCAAACAGUGUUGUUGUAGGAGAAAUGGCACACCCACAUAAAGAUACUUCUAUAAGAGAAACGGCACAUAUACAAGAAGAUACUGCUAUAAGUCAGACAAUACAUACACAGGAAGAUGCCCCUGACAGACCAACAGCACAUCCACCAGAUAAUUCAAGUGGCACGGAGACUAUGGUAGGGCAAAGAGAUGCUUCUGUUGUUCAUGAAAGCAGAGAUGGGAGUUUGGUAGGGCCAACAGAUCAGCCAGAGACAGCACACAGAGAGUUUUCAAAAUCUAAUAGUGAAAUACAGGAGGAAGACCAGAACGUUGUGAGGCAGCGUCGUCUCCAGUUUUUUGAAAGACUUGGAGAUCCAUAUGAAACAGGUGCUUUUGAAGACAGAAGUUUGUAUGAUGGGGAGAGAAAUCAAGAAAUUGCAAACAGUUUGGGAAGUGAAGUUGGAGAACCAGUAUCAUCACAACCCACAUUACCACAACAGCCAGUAUCAAAUGGAGAUCUACCAUCCUCCAUGGUUACCAAUUCCUCAGAAAAUGAUGACAGCGCAGAAAUUCAGAUCAGAUUAAAAUAUCUCAAUGAUACUGAAAGAUUGGUUCUUUGUAGGUUACAAGAUAAUGUUGGUGACUUUAAAAGAAAGUACUUCUCUGAAGAUCUUGCCAAUAACAAAACUGUCCGUCUUAUAUUCAAUGGCCAGCUUAUGAGGAAUGAUGAUUCCAGCCUUCAGGUGUAUGGGGUUACUAAUGGAUGUGUUAUUCAUGUCCAGAUUUCGCCAACUCCUCUUCACCAGGGGAUGCCCCCUACACCCCCUGUAAAUGAACUGGAUCUUGGUCACUUGAUGUUGCCUUUGUUCUUUGUGAUCCUGGGACUUCUCUGGAUGUUGUACUUUGAAUUCACAGAAUACUUUGAUACAAAUACCAGUGUGUUGCUGUUAGGAUUGAGUGCCUUAUUUUGUUUGGUGAUGGCUUCAUAUUUUAGGCCUGAUAAUGCAGGAGCUAGAGUUCGCAGGUGAUCAAACCUUCUGAGCAAGACUUAAGCAGACAGUUUCCUAUGUGAAAUUCUGAAAUUGGAAUAUCUUUAAAGAAUAAAUUACUAUUUGUCACAGUGAUAGUAAUUAUUCUCUAUAUAAAAUUAAAAUUGCAAAAUUUAAGACUUUGUACAUUUACAUCUUCCAGGUCUCUUAAAAUUAAAAUAUUAUACUUUCUCUCCUCCUAGUGUAAUUUAAGUUUAAUAAUUUUCUUUUUACAAGGUCUGAUUCAAUAUUUAAAUGUGCAAAUUAAUAUUUUAUGUAUAGUUUUUGUUUAUAUGAUUUGUCAAACUAAUUUUGAAGAAUGUUCAUUCAAAACAUUUACCAAAACAUCGAGUACAAUAUGACUGUUUUCAAACUGCAUGUCUUUCUUCCAUUUUCAUGAGACAAAGCUUAAAAAAAUUCUUGUGAGUUCUCUAGUUUGUCAUAUAAACAAGUAAUGUUAUGUGUACGUGAUACUACGUUGUUGAAGACACGGCUUUUAUGUUGUGAUUUAAUAAUAAAGUAGUUAACUGCUUUAUAUGUACCUGUAAAAGUCUAUAUGAGAAUAGAUUUAAUUAUUGUAAAGUUAAGUAUAUAAAUAGACCAUUUAAAUGAAUUUUUUUUCACUGUUUAGAUCCUCACAAGUAUUUUUAUGUAAAGUAAAACAAAGUUAAGUACUUUAAGCUGGUGCGUGUUUUUUUUACCUUUUGACAGGUAUGUUUAAGUUUUAAGAAAGAGAGAGUAUAAUAUUAUUACUGCAGUGAUAUAUUUUGUACUGGGGUAUUACUCCAAAAUGCUUGUCAUUGUACCAGCUGAAAUACUAAUAAAAGUACAACUUUUUAGUUAUUAAAGGUAUUUUCUUAGCAUCUGUGAUUCUAAGUCAUUUUACUGCAGCUCUAAACUAAAAUCAAAGAGAUAUUCAAUGAACAAAUUUCAACAGUAUAUCACUCAUACAAGCAUUACCACUGAUUUCCACUCAAGUACUCGAUGUAACAUGAUUUGUUAUUUAACAGUGUGGUAUUUGUAUGUUGUGAAUUUUAAAUAAAAAACAUUUGCAGUGUGGCACAUUGGGAA